AUCUUCGUCAACCAAUGCCGUCCGAACGCCAGUCAAGCAUGCACAAGCACCGCUUACGACUCCGUCAUCUGCAUCAAAGAGGGUUUCUGUAAUGCCCCCGCACGCGACAGGCUUAGGGGCUCGUACUAUAAGUCCGACGGACGCACGACGGCUGAAGCGUAUGUCAACGGCACCUCAGGCGCCUCCUUUGCCUUAUACUCCUCCGACGCAGACCGAUACAUUACCCGUCCGUCCUCGCUCAUGCGCACAGUCGCCGUCUUAUAUUCCUCGGAAGAGUGUGACUCCUUCCUCCAAUAGAACCACCCCUGAUCCGUCUCGUAAAUCCUAUAGCUCUGGGCUAUCUUUGUCGUCGACCACAAGUCAUAACUCGGCAAGGAAUUCUGGGGGAUCAUUACAAACCCGCAACCAAAUUUCACAGUUCCGCGCAAAUCACACCUUCCGGUGGAUAUUGCUGUUUUGAAAGGCAAGUCGGACACGGAGUCAGAUACAAACCCUACAGCUAGCGCAACUGAAGACGACACAAUGGAUCUACCUGCCAAACGAGCGUUGAAGACUCCGGAAGCCAAGCACAAACCAACCGCUAGCUUGGGCAAAAGGAACCUUCAGCCACUGAAAUUGCCGCCGUUGAAUUUGCUACCUUUGGGUACACCAAUGACAAACAAGAUCCAAGCCAUGAAAGACCGAGAGGAGGAUGCGAAAUCACAUACGCCAACGGGUCAGGUUGUCGCAAAGACUCCAAGUACCCCUCUUACUGCCUCAAAAGCUAAUUUCUUCGCUGUCGAAGAUGACGCUGUACCACGCACACAAGCAAGGAGCAGCACUGCGCAUUUUGUUGUGAGUACGUCUUCGGGUGCUACGUUGAGGACAGCCAGCAGCUCCAGCGCAUUGGCAUCUUUCGACAACACUCCUGCUGGGGCAAGGACAAACUCUCCUUAUGUCUCGUACUCGCUCCCGAAGAGCAAUAGUGAUGCCAAUAAUCUACGCCAAAAGGCCAGUGCGGAUUACUCUUACAGAGUAUCACAGUCUCACAAACUGACGGGUCCACGCCCUCAAACCCAGUCUUCUGCUUUCUCUUCCAAUGCAGAAACGAUCAGUCAGAUGUCUACCCCGUCUGAUCCUGACAACAACAGCACUUCUGGGUCCUCUCUUAGGAAUAAGAUUACGAUAACCCGUCAUAGGAGCAAUUCCAGACCUCAACAGGUAACGGACGCAAGUACAGAUCCCACUAAACUCGAGCCCAUGCCGCCACCUAGGCUUCCAGCGUCUGCAACCUGGAAUAACCUAUCAACGGCCAAAAAUACAAGUCCCACGCUUAAGCCAAGCUAUUUUAAGUCAAAGCGACAGGUCUCUGUAUCAAACGCGGCAGGCUCGCCAAUACGGAAACCCAGUUUCAGCAGCGAACAGAGUCUUGCUCUAGAGCACAGCAUCUCGAACGAGUCGCGUCAUAGUGAUGUCGCAUCCCAUCGUUCUGCAUCAUCAAUCCUCUCGCCAGUUCACAGGAUCCUCAACUCUGCGAAGUCGAGCGCUGCCGCUAACUCCACGUCUUCUGAUCCAAACGUUGACCCCGAUAUUCAGAUAGCUGACGAUGAGAUGCGGAAAAUGAAUGGCAGGCGCAAAGAUUUCGAAAACGCGGCGAAAGAGUUGGAUGAACUGCGCCGCAAAGCUGGACCGAAAGAACGUGUCAGCCCAGCUCAGGCUCUCAAAAUGGCAAAUCUUAAUAUCUUUGAGCGUGGUGAAAUUAUUGACUUCAAAGAUAUCUUUUUCUGCGGAACUCAACAUGCAAAGAAACAUGUAGGGGACUUGAAUGCGCAGGCCGCAAACUUCGGCUACGACGAUGAUCGCGGUGAUUACAAUAUUGUCAUUGGGGACCACCUAGCCUACCGAUACGAAGUCAUCGAUGUUUUGGGCAAGGGAAGCUUUGGUCAAGUUCUAAGAUGCGUUGAUCACAAAACAGGCGGGUUAGUUGCUGUGAAGAUCAUCCGCAACAAGAAGAGGUUCCACCAGCAAGCCUUGAUUGAGGUUAAUCUGCUUCAAAAGCUCAAAGAGUGGGAUCCUCAUCGUCGGCAUAGUGUUGUCAAUUUCACACAAAGCUUCUACUUCCGGGGUCACCUCUGCAUAUCUACAGAACUGCUCGGAAUGAAUUUAUAUGAAUUCAUCAAAGCACACGACUUCAAAGGUUUCUCUGUCAAGGUCAUCCGCCGUUUUACGAAACAGAUUUUGAGUACACUGGUGCUUCUCCAUACCAAGAAAGUCAUCCACUGCGAUCUCAAGCCCGAGAACAUUCUCCUUGUACACCCAAUGAGUUCCGAGAUCAGAGUUAUCGACUUUGGCUCUAGCUGUUUUGAGAACGAGAAGGUGUAUACCUAUAUUCAGAGUCGCUUUUACCGCUCACCAGAAGUCAUUCUUGGCAUGUCAUACGGUAUGCCCAUUGACAUGUGGAGUCUGGGAUGUAUCUUGGCUGAGCUGUACACGGGAUAUCCGAUCUUCCCGGGAGAGAAUGAACAAGAGCAGCUUGCUUGUAUCAUGGAGGUUUUCGGGCCUCCAGAGAAACACUUGAUUGAGAAGAGUACACGGAAGAAGCUCUUCUUUGAUUCCUUGGGCAAACCGAGAUUAACGGUCUCCUCAAAAGGUCGACGUCGGCGCCCAAGUUCGAAGGAGCUCAGGCAGGUCCUGAAAUGCGACGACGAGGCUUUCCUUGACUUCAUAUCCCGCUGCCUUCGUUGGGACCCGUCUCGCCGACUUAGUCCGCACGAUGCCCUCAGACAUGAAUUCCUAACAGGGCUCAAGAUGCCCUCGCGGCCCAGGACAUAUACAGCGAGUUUGAAUUCCCCAGCCAAGCGGGGGAAUACUCUAUCAACCCCGUCGUCAGGUCGCCCACUUCCAGAACCACCUAGCACGAGUCUCAAACAUGGCACCUUUCUCCGUAGCCGAGAUGUCUCAGGUAGCUCUCCAGUCAAGCCGAUAGCCGGAAAGCGCCACUCAACGGUGAGCGGUGUCCAACCGUCCACCCCCAAACGAAGUACAACUACUUCUACAACGACUCCUGGGUCAGCAUUGCCUCGCGUUGCUGGUAGGAGCAUCAGUGGAAAGCCAGACCUCGCAACAGCGGCGGCUGCGACCAGCCUGAGAACUAAAUAGGGCAGGGUGCUAACUUCUCUCUAUUUUCUUCGUAUGCCUUUUUCCUUUUGUUUUUCUCCUUUCCAUUGCAUUUUUGUAAUAAUAAUUGUUUGACUAUUAAGUUGCAUAAAGAGGUCGGGAAUGUUUGCGGUUUUGUACCCCUUUCAUGAUUCAA